AUGGAUUUCAUCAAGACCAGUUCCCUGCGUGCUCUGAUUGAGUUAACUUUCCAACGCAACUGGAACGGCCUCAUUUGGAUGAGUAGAAAAGGAGUUAUAACCAAAAGAGUGAAGACUGUCCAGACGGCUCUAUCGAGAAAUCAGCGCCCAACCGCGAGUCCGGCUGGCCGAGAAACGAAUGUUCCGCGCUCGGCCAAAUCAUCCGUCCGUCUGAAGUCUCGGCCAAAGUUCAAACCACCGGCCGAUACGCAUCACGACCCGGGAAACAAUGUCCCGCGGUCGGCCAAGCCACGACCACGCCAUGCCGCGCACGACCAUGCCGCGCGAGCCGGGAAGCAACGCCUCGCGGCCGCGCAACCUUCGCGUACCACGGCCGAUGGCGCCGUCCGAGCCGGGAAGCCACGUCCCGCGUCCGGCCGAGAAAGCAUCGGCCAAUGCUUCACCCGUCCGACCACAGCGGCCGACCGCGAAUUUGUCCCUGUUGACCUAGCGCUUCUUCCCUAUUGA